UUUUGAGUAAGAUUAUUAGAAGAAAAAAACUGAAGAAUAGAAAAGAAAUCGUGUCAGUCUCUCAUUUGAAAGUAGAAAAUAGAAAGUUGUUCAUGCAACAACUUUAUCAGUAUUGGAUUUUUGUAACAGCGCAUGUGAACGUGGCUUCGUCAACACUGACACCUUUGCAUGUUGUUUGCCACAGCUUCCUGUGUUUUACUACUGGCGACAGACCACAAACCCACAGAACUCCACACAAGGGCGCGUCCCUAUUCACAUGGAUGUGGAGGCAUCAGGGUGCUAAGGAAAGUGCUUAGGGGAUUCAUUUCCCUUUAAAACUUCCUUUUCUACUCAAAUACACAAUUAAAGAAAGAGAAAAAAGAUUCUGGUUUAGAGGGCAGAAACUCAAAAGAGCAGUACAAUUCUAGUGACUGGAAUCAUGUCUGCUACUAUUUCCAUGUAUGUAUCUUUUCACUUACACAGCAAAGUUCUUUCAGUUCUUACUUACCGUACAUGGAGGCUGGGGAAUUUUAGUGUUUCACAUUAUUAUAAUUAAUGGUUGCAUUUGAAUAUGAUCGACAGACGAAACCAUGAAUGGGAAAUCGCGGUUCCUCUGUCAUGCAUCUUCCAUCACUCACCUUAAACUCUGCUUUAGAAAAUCAGAGCGGUGUGAUGUGUCAGUGUUACAGUAUGACUAAGUGUUUGUGAUGUGUGUCACUAAAGGUCAGGAAAACGUUUCAUGCUGAAGUCUCCAGCCUUCGCCACAAAAAGGGUAACCUAUUUAACGCACGCAUUUUAUAGGUAUUGAUUUUUCAGUGAAAAUAUGUAGUUGGAGAGCGGUAAUACAUUGCAAAACAUACAGCCAUGUACAUGAUCUAUUUUAUUAGAUCAUUACUGAUCAUGAUUGCUGUUGUUGUUGUUGUUUAUUUCGCGCCCUUUAUUAUAGUUAUGUUUACUACGUUAUUGUGGGCAGGGAGCUGAGGCGUGUCUGCCCCCUAGUGGCGGCGCAGCGGACGGCACGCGGACACACACGUACGUAACUUGUGUUUGUGCGCGAGCGGGGCGGGGAGCCGACAAUCUGCCACCGCGCCGCUCGAGCGCCGACCGUGAGCAGCGCCUAGAUACGCCAGCGCGGGAGCGGCGACCCCGUCUGCGCAGGUAGACCCAGCAGAAGCCGUUCACAGGGGUUGGAGCCGUCUGUGCUGUGUGUGCAGGUCAGUGAGGGCUUAGCACAACACAGGUUCUGACCAUGAAGAGAAGUCGUGCGCCCAGCACCAGUGAGGAGUCUGACAAUGGAAGUAACUGCACAUCGUGGUCUCAGGUGUCGAACUCUAGGAGACGAGAUGGGCAGAGACCCUCGGAGGUGUUCAGGACAGACCUCAUCACGGCGAUGAAGCUUCAUGACUCCUACCAGCUGAACUCGGAGGACUACUACGUGCUGUCGGACCCGUGGAGACAGGAAUGGGAAAAGGGGGUGCAGGUCCCCGUGAGUCCCCACUCCAUCCCCAAACCGACAGUGCGGGUUGUUGCGGAGAAGUCUCUGGAGAUUUUGUUCACCCGGCCAAAGAAACUGCUUCGGUCGUGGGGGGCGGAGACUUCAGUGCUGGGGUACGUGCCCGUGGCCGCGCUCUCCGAGGGGACGUGCCGCUACGACCUGAACGAAGAGGAUGUGUCCUGGCUGGAGGUCGCCAACAGAGAGUUCAGUGUAAUGGGCAUGCCACUGCUGGAAGAAGACACCAUGGAGAGGGUGAUGGAGGAGUUUGAGCACAAUUGUUAUGACAAUAUGAGUCACGCCAUAGAGACCGAGGAGGGCCUCGGGAUUGAGUACGACGAGGACGUGGUGUGUGACGUCUGCCAAUCACCCGAUGGCGAGGACGGCAACGAAAUGGUGUUCUGUGACAAGUGCAACAUAUGUGUGCACCAGGCAUGUUAUGGUAUCCUGAAGGUUCCGGAAGGCAGCUGGCUGUGUCGGACCUGUGCACUGGGCAUCUCCCCGAAAUGCCAGCUGUGCCCGAAAAAAGGCGGAGCCAUGAAACCCACACGUAGUGGCAGCAAGUGGGUCCACGUCAGCUGCGCCCUCUGGAUACCAGAGGUGAGCAUAGGUAACCCAGAGAAGAUGGAACCGAUCACAAGUGUAUCUCAGAUCCCCAAUAACAGAUGGGCUCUGAUCUGCUGUCUGUGUAAAGAAAAGACUGGUGCCUGCAUACAGUGCUCAGCUAAGAGUUGCCGCGUGGCGUUCCAUGUGACCUGUGGACUGCAGCAUGGCCUGAAGAUGAACACGAUUCUCACCGAGGACGACGAGGUGAAGUUCAAGUCCUUCUGCCCCACGCACUCGGGCUUGCACUGGCCCGAAGGGGUGAGCGAGGACUCCCGAGUGCCGCGAGAUCAGGGCGGGACAGGGAGGGGGACCGCGUUCCCAGCGGACCCGCGCACGAGGCACUGCCCCGAUGGCGCGCGCCUCAGCGAGCGCAAGCUCCGCGUGCAGCAGCUCGAGGACGAGUUCUACCGCUUCGUCGCCGUCGACGACGUCGCCGAGCACCUGGGGUUGCCCCCGGAGACGGUGGACUUCCUGUUUCAGUACUGGAAGCUGAAGCGCAGGGCCGCGUUCAACCAGCCGCUCAUCACGCCAAAGAGGGAGGAGGAAGAAAGCCUCGCUCGGCGGGAACAGGAAGUGCUCCUCCGCAGACUUCGGCUCUUUACCCAUCUGCGCCAAGAUUUGGAGAGGGUUCGGAACCUGACCUACAUGGUGACGCGUCGCGAGAAGAUCAAGAGGUCGGUGUGUCGAGUGCAAGAGCAGAUAUUUCAUCACCAUGUCCGGCUGCUGGAACAAGGCCAUCUCCCCGGCGCGUCAUCUACCAGGCAACUGGAAGAGGCCAUGUUCUACUUCCGGGGCGUGCCCUCCACGUCCACGAGUCCCCAGCCGCUGAGAGGUCAUGCAGCCCAGAACAGUGCGAGCGAACUCUCCCAGAGAAGGAGUGUGCUGCGCUGCAGGGCCUCCAAACGAGUCCAAGGUCAGGAGGACGAGCCAACCAAAGUGCCCAGCACGGAGCCUUUGUUUCUGAGUAAGAUGUCCAGUCCAGAGGGGGUCCCCGAUACCGCCUGCGGUGGGGCCGGACGGGGCCACUCGAACGACGCCAUGGCAGUGUGCCCGGGGGAAAUCGCUGGGAAGGAGAUGGAGCGCCCCCUGGAGGAGCAGAGGAGGAGAAGGAGGAGGAGAAGGAUCUGGGAACAGCUGCCGGCAAGAGGGAAGCACAAGCUGGGGUCAAAGGUCACGGCGGAGCCUGUGCAGAAAUAUGCAGACCCUAAGAGCGUGUCUGACGGGGCGGCGGUGUCCAGAACUAAAAGUUCGGCCGUGAUGUUUCGGCCCAGGUAUAACGGCUCUCUGAGGAGGGUGCACCCAAGUCAGUAUCAGGUAAAGAUGGGGUCCGAUGGUACAUCAGCACGCCACAUCAAAAACUGGGGAAGUUUCAGGAUUCCAAAACGGAGCGACAGGACACCCGGAGGAGGGGAAGAUGAAUUAGACGACAGGAGUUUCCCUCACUCCCAUCCUGCGAGAGCUCUAGACGCAAGCCCCGCUCCCACGUCCCCUCCAGUCAGAACGCGGCUAAGAACAGGCGUGGAGAACCGCGCCCUCACCCCGGAGACCGACCCCAGCCAAUCAGAGCAGAAGAAGAGGUGCCAUGCCCAGCGACUCCGUAGUCAUGAUCCGAUGACGCAGCGUUACGGGUCGGAGGUUCUACGGCGGGGGGUUCUUGCGUCGUGAAGCGUCAAACCCCCACCAAGAAAACUUUGUGAAGUUAUGUGUCAACAAUGUCCUUUUUCUUAUAUAAUCCAAAUAAACGCGCACUUACAGGAGCCACACGUAAGAUAUUUUUGGCGUUUACGUCUCAUUAAAUGAUCUUUGUAAGAUCUACAUUCCACAGUUGCAAAAAUCAAAUUCACCAACGCAGAAGUCAUUUGUUUUCAAAUCAGGUUGUCUGAACACCAUGCAAGUCUAAUUUUGCAUCCCACAAUGCAGCGGCUUACACGUGAUGUAAUAUUGAACCGUUUAUGACCCCGUGAGCAUGAGACCAAACCCGGAGCAGCGACCACGCAGAUGUGCCUGUGUCCAUCCAGGAUUUUAACGCAUAAGCUUGUUCCUGUGUUCUUAUUUAUUGGUGUUCAUGACAACAUGGCAGGCCUUUGGAAACUGUAAACCAUGUUCAAUCACACGUGGCUCCUUCGAAGACCGUGUUAGCCGAUAGAUAUUUAUUUUUCUAAUUCAUGUUUCUUAAUGCUGCUUCUUUUGUUUUGUGCGUGACUUACCUGCGCUGAGCUGUAAUUCUUUUCCUUCUCGCCCUGGUCGCCUUGUGUGUAUGACGAAGUGUCGGAGGGUAUUGCGAUGAGCUUAUAUUCAAAAUUAAUCUAGCUAACAAUAAUUAGCUUCAUUUCUAUUGGAUGUUUUUGUUUGUUUGUUUUUGUUUGUUUGUUUGUUUGUUUGUUUGUUUGUUUGGGGGGGUUCUUACGGGAGUAACGGUGUACACUGGUUUGAACCAAGCGAUGAAAUGAAACUCACUAACUUGUACAAUCGUGACUGGCACUUAGGAGCGCAGGUCUUGAUUCUUCUCAAGCUAGCACACCAGACUCAGUCAGUGACCUUCAGCUACCUGACUCAGGUGUGCUAGAGUCGGGAGGGCGUGCAGCACAGGGCUGGGCAGGCUGCACCUGGGGGCCCUUCGUCACCAUCUUCAUCACCAUCAUCGUCCUGAACUGAAACACUUGUCCUGCCGUGUUUCAUUGACAUUCAUUACGUUAUUUUUAGUUUUAUUUCUGUGUUGUUGUUUUUUUCUGUUUCUUCUGCCGUAGUUUGACUAGUUCAGAAUUGCCCAAAAAAUUCUGUUUGCGAGUGUAUUUGUCAGUUCUGUUUUCUGUAUGUAGAGAGACAGUGGCACUUGUUUGCGCUUUCAGGUGGUUGUUUCUGUGUAUGCGAACCCUCUUCCUAACAGCCCAGUAGAGAAACUCCACUAUCAAUUCAGUCUGCAAAUUUCUAGACAGGCAUGUAUUCAGAAAACUGUCCCAAAGUAUUUCCUUUUCUAUAGAAAAAAGAGUACUUUAAUUCAUUUUAUGGGUGGUAGUAAUAUUAUUAUUAUUAUUAUUAACUCAUUCAUUUAGCCCACCCUGGCAUUGUAACUAUGUAGUUACUGCAGACUAAGGGGAAUUCCCUAAAGCACUGCUGUUUCAGGGUUCAGUGGGAUUCCCUAAAGCACUGCUGUGUCAGGGUUGAGUCAGGGUUGAGUGGGGUUCCCUAAAGCAUUGCUCUGUCAGGGUUGAGUGGGGAUCCCUAAAGCACUGCUCUGUCAGGGUUGAGUGGGAUUCCCUAAAGCACUGCUGUGUCAGGGUUGAGUGGGGUUCCCUAAAGCACUGCUCUGUCAGGGUUGAGUGGGGUUCCCUAAAGCACUGCUCUGUCAGGGUUGAGUGGGGUUCCCUAAAGCACUGCUCUGUCAGGGUUGAGUGGGGUUCCCUAAAGCACUGCUGUGUCAGGGUUGAGUGUUUUGGUGUGACAGUUUGAGCAGGCCCAGAGCUCCGUGUGUGGCCUCCUGACUCAGACAUCUUACAUCAAUUGAGGGUUUAGUUCCGCUUGGAGCAGGGACUCCUCUGAGCUGUGGGAUUCCCGCCCAGGAUGGACUGGAGCUGAGUGCUGAACUCCUGGACUGGACUGGAUUUUGGUAGAGGAGGGGUUUCUGCUUACUGAGUCCAUAUUGCAGCCCCUUGAUGUGUAAGAAGUUGCAGCUGAAGACUGAGAUGUCUAUACUUCUAGAUUUGUUGUGUGAAACGACUGCACCCCAGGACCCUCUCAAGAGGAUCACGAAUGAGAAUUGAAUCUUGAAACACAUUUUACACAUCUUCACCAUCCCAUGUAUGUCAAGUAGAAAUGUAUUUCAUGCUCAGUUCAGUUUAAUGUCUGUAUGUACUGCACUAAGUUAAGAGUGAUGAAAGGGCACCGUAUCCCACAAAUGACUGAAAUCAUAAACAUGAGUUUCGAUGAAAAAUGUUCAUUGAAUCAUUGGAAAGGAUACAAGUUUCACUACUUGUCAGUUGCCUUUGGACAGUACACGUUAGAACGUUUGCACUCAGUUUCCUUUAUUUCUAAGUGUUUUUGUGUUUAGGCUACUUGCGCGCAGACUUCGGUGAGGUCAGAGGUGGUCUCAGACCCGCGUGGCUUCAUGUUAACGUUGCACUAGAGUAGAGCAAAGCUGGCAGCACGACUGUGUUCUCUAAAAGUUAUUUUUCACAUACAAAGAGACCUUUUAUAUGAACAAGUGCUGCUGUAUUUUUUUGUUAUGCAUCUAUUUUGUGAAUAAACCUCUUUGAAAUUUAA